UAUGAAUAAAAUAAAGACAAAACAAAAAAUAAAGUAAAAACAAAAAGUACGCUCCUAUUAUAACAGGUUGCCUUUUGUUUUUGGGGUGGAUUUUUUUUUCUUUUUUUGUUAUUGUUGCGCGCGUUCCCCACCCAUAGGCGCAGGUGUGUCUACCUGCUUUUUUGGAAGUUUCAAACACGGAAGUUUUCGGGACCGUCACUCCUCGCCCUAUCACGGCACCUAUGGAUCGUACGCUGGAUUGGCGUCCCCGUUUCUCUCUCCUCCAGAAAGCUGUGCUAAAGUGAGCCGAACAAUACGCCAAUACAUCAACCCGUCCAGACAGUGAGCGUUCUCGGGGGUGGGGAGGGGAGGGUGGGGAACCGGGGUCAGACCCGAUGGCGUCCGCCGCUGGACUGACGAUCCCUCGGGAGGGAGCCGGGCUCGGGGACGGCCUGUCGAUCCACGACAGCACGGAGAAGCUCAACUCCUCCGCCGUCAACCGCAUCCUGAUGGAGUUCCUGGUGUACUUCGGCAGAGCCGUCCUCGUCUUCUACCCCGUGUACCUGACCGGAUACCUGGGCCUCAGUAUCAGCUGGGUGCUGCUCUGCAUGGUGAUGGCCACCUGGUGGAAGAAAAACCGCCAGUGGAAAGAGGCCCGGAUCGGAACCGCCAUCGACUUUGUGGACAAUGAGACCCACGUGGUGAACAAGGAGCUGCAAAGUGCCUUGCAAAUGGCAUCGUGGGUCCACUUUCCUGAGGUUGAGAAAGUUGACUGGGUUAACAAGGUGUUGGAGCAGGCCUGGCCUUUCUUUGGGAUGUUCAUGGAGAAGCUCCUCAAGCAAAACAUCCAGCCGGCCAUCAGGCUCUCCAGCCCGGCGCUCAAGAUGUUCACUUUCACCAAGGUCCACUUUGGACACAUCCCUCUCAGGAUCACCGGAAUGAAAGCAUACACGCAUGAAGUGGAUCACAGGGAGGUGAUUCUGGACCUGGAUAUAUGUUAUGAGGGUGACGUGGACAUCGACGCCGAAGUGAAGCCGCCGAUCACAGCCGGCGUCAAGGGACUUAAACUCAAAGGGAUGCUGAGGGUCAUUCUGGAGCCUCUCAUUGGCCAAGCACCACUGGUGGGAGGAGUCACAAUUUUUUUCAUGCGCCGCCCCACCUUACAAAUCAACUGGACAGGCAUGACCAACCUCCUGGACAGCCCUGCCUUCAGCUCGCUGUCUGAGGAGGCCAUCAUGGACGUCAUUGCGUCACUCAUGGUGUUGCCCAACCGCAUGUGUGUGCCCCUCAUAGACCAGGUCAAAGUGGACCUUCUGAGGUUCCCACUACCUCGAGGUGUGGUGAGGGUCCACCUGCUGGAGGCCAGAGACCUGUUGGCGAAGGACACAUACAUGAUGGGUUUAGUGAAGGGCAAAUCAGACCCCUAUGUAACGCUCAGAGUGGGAAACCGAAACUUCAAAAGCAAGACGGUCAAAGAAAAUUUGCACCCCAAGUGGAACGAAGUGUAUGAGUUUGUGGUCCAUGAAGCCCCGGGUCAAGAGUUGGAGUUAGAACUCUUCGACGAGGACACGGAUAAAGACGACUUUCUUGGAUCGUAUCACCUUGAUUUGGGAAAAGUGAAGAAGGAUAUAGAAAUUGAUCAGUGGUUUCCUCUGGAUGGCGUCCAGAAUGGAGAGGUCCGUCUCAAGCUCCAGUGGUUUUCCCUCAAGACCGACCCCAGCCUGCUGAGAGAGUCUACAGAUGGCUUUGCCUGUGCUAUGCUUGCAGUCUAUCUGGACAAUGCCUCAAACCUACCAAAAGACCACAGCGAGAUCACCGAGCAUCAGAAACACGGGAAGCACUCAAAUGAAGCUCGGCUCACUAAAAAGAGAACUGCCUGCCCGAACUCCUUUGUGGAACUUUCUAUUGAUAAAGAUGUAAAGAAAAGCAAGGUUGUGUAUGCAUCCAAAGACCCGGUGUGGGAGCAGGGCUUCACCUUCUUUGUGCAUAAUGUCAAAACACAGCAGCUCACGGUUCAGGUCAAAGGGAGCGAGAAGAAGAAUCAGCUUGGUCUUCUCAACUUGUCCCUAAGUCGCCUCCUAAACGCCUCCGACAUGACCCUAGACCAGCGCUUCCAGCUGGAGUGCUCCGGAGUGAACAGCCAGAUCAAACUGAAAGCCACUCUCAGGAUUCUUGCUUUGGAAAAGCCUCCACCCAAGAUUAUUCUCAAACCUCCUCCACAAGACAAACAACAAAGACCGCAGACUAACCAAGGAGGCAACGCCCCUGUAUCCACUCCCUCCGCCAAUACGUCCUCCUCUCCAGCUCUUUCUCCCAACACCAUCCCCGUCGCCCACACCUCAUCUGCGUCCUGGGUAGCGGAUAACCAGAAUGGCUCUGAUGAAACCUGGCAGUCACAUCCUUCCCCGUCGAACAUGCGUCGGUAUGACUCCCGCAGCAUGCUGUCGGAGAACUCCAUCGCUUCAUCCCGUUUCGACCUUUCAGAGGGGGCCUCGUAUCCAGAGUACAUUAGGAGACAUCAGGGUUCUUUUGGGGAGAUCCAGCUGACUGUUCGCUAUGCCACCCUGAGGAACAAACUCAUCGUCCUGGUUAACUCCUGCAGGAACUUAUUCCGCUUCAGUGACAAUGGCACGGACUCUUAUGUCCGCCUGUAUUUUCUCCCCGACCAAUCCUGGAUACACCGCAAGAGGACACAUGUCAAGAAGAGGACAGUCAAUCCUGUCUUUGAUCACAAGUUUGAAUUUGAUGCGUCACUUCAAGAAGCACAAACCAGGAAGUUGGAUGUGGCAGUGAAAAAUGGCAAAAUGUUCCACUCACGGGAGAGAAAGGACAUUGGCAUGGUGAUGAUAGAUCUUUCACAGUUGGAUCUAGUCAAAGGCAUCACAGAAUGGUAUGAGCUCACUCUGCCUGGGCUAAAGAAACUCAGCUAGCGGGUAGAGCUGUACAACUCCUGUUUGCAGUUUUAAGAGCAGCUCCUCAGCGACUGCAAGGCCAAAAGUAGGCCUGGUAUAUGUUAGUAGGGUUGCAUAUUCCUUUGCGUUUGGGUUUUCCAAAUGCAGCACUACACCCAUCUCAGAUACUGAACAUCUUUGGUACUGUAUGCCAAAGGCUGUACGCUUACAGGCACAUAUGGUAAUAUUCCACUUUGAGUUGUUAAGUGCAUCUAGUCACACUUACAGAUAUCCUCCAUAAUAUAUAAAAAAAAAAAAAAGAUCUUGUACAGAUCAGACACAGAAUUGCAAAUAAGACUUUUAAACAUGCUUUAAUAUCCCGGAUAAUUUUAGCAUUAGCGUUCCAAUUUCCAACCAGUGUAUUGCAGCUUAUUGGAGUUGACAAGCAGAAAUCCAUUGUUCUGAAUAAUGAGGCAAUUUACUAUUAAGCAUUUCCCGUUAUUUGUACUUAAAUAGAAUGUAAUUCUUCAGAACAUGUUGAUAUUUAUGUCUAUCAAAAACAAGAUUAUUUCUUUAAUUUUUAAAUGUUGAUACAUUUUUGGGAGAGAGUUGGUUUCUUAGUUUAUCUGAGCCAAAUAUAUCCUUUUGUAUUUUAGUGUAAAUACUUGCAUUGAAAGUUUUAUGUAGUAUUUUAUAUUAGGGGAUAUAAAUAAAAAAGCAAGUGAGUUUUGCUGCAGUAAUUCAGAUGAGUCAUUGCAUAUUUAGGAAGGGUUACACACUUUACAUAUACUGUACAUAUUCACAGCUGGAAGAAGCCAAAUACAACUGGAGUUUUAGCGGCUCUACUGAAGCAGUCGGUUCAUUAGAAGGGAAACGGCAUCCAAGCAAAGCACAUGAGAAAUGACCAUAGUUACUGAGGGAGUGAGUAUGUCUUUUAGACAUAACUCCAAAUUUCCACCUGGUAUUUUUAGUGAUCUCUGUUUUUUUUAUUUUAGAAAGUACUUUUACACUCACAAAAAAACUAAUUUAUAAACGACAUCGUCAAAUUACUCCUGAUUUGUUACAACUACUAUGAAAAUACAUUUUGCAGGCCUAUAUCUAGCCUGCAUAGACUUGUGGUAGUCAUCUAUACUAAAGAUUUUGUUGACUGCUUAUUGCCCAAACAUGAGCCAAGAAUUUGGUCUGGACCUAGUGGUGAGCCGUUUAUCUGUUGUCCAUUUAAAUUAUUCAGUAGCUGGAGAAUUUACGAAAAAGUGUCCAUUGUCUGGUGUUUUUGAAUUGAAAGUGUGGCUGUGCAAUUUAUUUUCUGCUAGC